GAGAGGGAGGGAGGGAGGAGAGGGAGGGGAGAGAGAAAAGGGAGAGAGAGAGAGGAGGAGACUGGAGCACCGAGGAUUCACAGCAACACGCCGAGAGGAAAACAGUCACUCACCAAAGAGGAGACUGAUCAGGACGGAGCAUCUUCUUCUGCAGUGACAGACUCUGCAGAGAUGGAAGUCACCUCUCGCCCUCAGCUAUUGGUUUGCGUGUACCUGGCGGCCGUGCUGAUUGGCGGCGCCCACUCCGAGGGGCUGUGUCUUCAAGACGGCAAACACAAGGCCUCCCCGAGCCCGGAGCCCCACCUGAGGGACUGCGCCCUGUACGCUGACAACAGCUGCUGCACAGAAGACAACAUCCAGGACAUCUCCCACGUUCCCUCCGCCGGCAACGAGAACGAACCCUGGGACAAGUGCGGGCCCCUGAGCUCCGAGUGUGAAGGUUUCCUGAAGCGCGUGUCCUGCUUUUACCGCUGCUCCCCCGAUGCCGCCCGCUGGCCUCACCCCCACCGCCGCUCGUACAUCCAGGCCGUGCCGCUCUGCCACAGCUUCUGCCGUGAUUGGUUUGACGCCUGCAGGAUGGACAUGACGUGCGCUCGUAACUGGGCCAGAGACCCCCGGGGACAGAACUGCACUGGAUCCUGUGUUCAGUAUCAGCAGAUGUACCAGCACGGCAGGGAUCUGUGCGAGAGCCUGUGGGGAGACGCCUUCAUGGCGGUGGAGGACGAUCCAGAGGACGUGGGAGAGGCCGGAGACGUGGGGGUGGAGGGGGACGGCGGUCGCCCCUGCGGCUGCCUGACCCUCAGUCCGUCAGACAAGGACGUGAUCGCCGCCCUCAGGGCUCAGCGGGACGACCCCGAGGAGCUGGACACCACCAAGACGGGCCUGCCCCAGUACCGCGCCCCCUGCCAGACCAAGCUGCCACUGCAGGCCAGGGGCGGCAGGAAGGGGAACUCCGUGCUGCGUAAACGCUCGGUGGUGGUGGACGACGUGGAGGGCAGCGGCAGCGGCUUGUAGAGAGCAGCGAGGGAGAAGGGAACACGUUUAGAUUUAAGUGUCUAGAUCCUAAUGUCAGAAAUCUCUUGAGAUGGAGUCAUCAUUAACUCGCUCCUGUAAUUAACCUUACGACACAAACCUGAGCUCCCAUUCUCAUGAUCAUAUAAUCCAAUGGUUUUAACUAGUUCUGUAUGUGGCAGAGGAGAAACCAGUCGUCUCCGAUUCUAUAGAACAACCUCAACAGAAAAGAGUAAAGAGUAAACUGUGGUGUUUCUGUAAGGGCUCUGACUCCGGUAACAAGACUCGGUAUCAAGUGAUGUUUGCACAAAUUAUCUUAAAAGGUGUUUUGUUUUUUU